CUUGCUUGACCCACUGUGGAUCUCCGAGCCACUCCACCCCCCGUGGCUCUGGGGAAUGGAUCGGCCCAGGUACACAGGACAUUUGAGUUUUUGACUCAACAGCCUACACUAAGCUAUUUGAUGACAUGAACUGAAUUGGACUUCUGGAAGUGCAGUGGAUCAAGGUCCAUUCCACUGCCCAGGGCUGAUGCCUGAGUUCUGUGGGUGACUUCACAAUGCCCCGAUGGUUCCCAGCCUCCUUCUGUAGUCUGUAGGUGGCCAUGUUGGCCACCUUGUGGCUGCUUAGCCUUUCUCUCCCCACUUCAUGGGCCCAGAUAUUAGUCAGCUGUGCCUACAAGAGUCUCUGCCAGCAGGCCCUACUCUCAGGCAAUGAUGUUGUCCUGCAGUGUGACCAUCUCAAGGCACGCUGGUACUUCUCUUCCAUUCUGGGGGAGGAUCUCUUGUUGCUCUCCUCAGUGCCUAACAUAAAGAAACUGCCUGGGGGCAGCCUCCAGUUGACCAACCCUCAGCCCUCCCAGACAGGCCUCUAUCACUGUGAGGACAAUGACAAUGCCUUCGUGGUAGAGUAUGAGAUUGAUUUCCAAGAUGUAACUACCCUACAUAUUACGCACAAAGGCCUGGGCCAAGAACCCCUGCAGAAUGAGACCCUGAGUCUGGGUGGCAAGGAGCUCAUCUUCACCCACUGGGAGCCCUGGCAGGACUGUAACAGCUGUGGGGAGCCAGGUGAGCGCAAACGCCUGGGGUACUGCUACAUCGAGGAGCCCCUGGAAACGCCCAUGCCCUGCUGGCUCUAUCUGCAAGAAGAGAAGGUGCAGUACAGACGCAUGUGGCCUGAGAUGCAGGUGGAAGCCUACCUUAUACCCUGCGACCACAUCAAGUAAAUCAACCAGCCAUACUUUGUCUUUGACAUUUCCCAGUUGGGCAAGUUGACCAACAACAUGUGGCUCACCUGCCCCUUGGCCUCCAGGUGACUGGACCUGCCUUUAACCCUCACCCAGGCUCUGUUUCCUGUGCCUACCUGGGCCAGGGGGUUACCUUCCAAUAGAAAAGCAGGGUCUGUCUCCCAGCCCAUAAGCUUUCAAGGUCAAUCUGUGCAGGAAGGGGUCUCUUCAUGGGCUUGUUCGGAUGUUCAUUCAGCAAGAAUUCCUGGCUGCCCCUUCUGAGCCAAACCCCAGGUAGGUGAUGUUGGGGACACAGUGGUGACCAACAAAGACCUAGUCCCUGCCCUUCUAGACUCCUGAUAUUCAGAGUAGGCCAAAUGUAAAAGCUAGAGACCAAGACAUUCCAGCCCAUGUUCAUGCCAACAUAGACUUUAGUGUGAUUUCUGUCUGCUCACUGGACUCUGACUGAUACGAUGUAUCUAUCCAUCCUUGUACCAGUGCUACAGUGUCUUAAUUAUUAUACCUUUAUAAUAAGUCAUGAUAUCGAUAGUAUAGAUUUUUCAACUUUGUUCUUCAAGAUUGUCUUGGUUAUUCCUGACCUUUUGUUAAAAAAAAAAAAAAAAUUGAAAUCAGCUUGUAGUUCCCAUCCAAAAAACUCCUGUUUUUUUAAAAAAAAAAAUUGGGGCGUCAUUGAAUCUAAAGAUAAAUUUGGGUAGAAUCAAUAUUACAAUAUUUAGUCUUCCAAUCCAUGAACAUUGCAAACACUUUCAUUAUUUAGGCUUUCUUUAAUUUCUCCCAAUAAC